AUGGCAGAUGAGAGCAUUCAUGAAUUGACUUCAACGUCAAAUUCAAUCACUAGUGAGUCUACUCUAAAGGAGGUACCCGAACAAGCACAAUUCGAUCAAGUGCUUGAGAAUAUAGAAUCUGGUGCUAGAGAUGCUGUUGAAAGCAAGGAUUAUUUAUCAUACAGUACGUUGUUGGAUAUCUAUCUUCAAGAACCAAAGAGAUAUAGCAAAGAGCAAAGAGAGCUCUUAUUGGAAUGUGUAUUGAAAACUUUGGAGAAGAACCCCGAAUUGACUUUUGAGAUUGGAUGGGAUUUACCAUCGAUAAUAAUUGCUUAUGUUGACUCAGAUUUCGAUUUUUCAGUUGGAAUAAGAAAAGCUCCAUGCAUUUACAAAGUGUUGAAAAUUUUCGAAGUGCUCGCUAAAGAAGGUAAUCCAAAGGAGCUUUUUUUGAAAAGCUGUGAGCUAUUGGAAACUUUGAAUGUGAACCUCGAAGAUAAGGUAGACGAUUACGUACAACUCCAGCAGGAGAAUUUCUUUGACAUUAAAGUGUACUGCGUGAAUGAAUUGAUCGAUGCAAGUAUGAAAAAGAUACGUACACUUUAUCCUUCUAGAUUCGUUGCGAUGGCGGUGGCAUCAUUUAUCAAUUUGGUUUACAACCUUAAUCAGUCAUCCUGUUCAAUUGAAAAUUACCGUUUUGUUUUGCGAAGAGCAUACGUUUUUGUAAGAAACUAUUCCGGAUUACCAGAACCAAGUGACCUUUCCCAACACUCAAAAGAAGACCUUGAACGAGUUCGGCUGGAUGAAGCAUACUUGCAGAGAAAAUUAUUAACAGGAUUUCUGACUAAUAUAAUCACAAUCUGUACAAAGUGCCAUGCUGAUGGAUUUGCGUUGGAUCAUUUUUGCAGAUUGCAAAAACGCUCUGGAAAAACACCGAUUUACGACUUUGAGUAUCAAAACGCGAUAAUGGAUAGAUGGGUAGAAUUGGCCAACCUGUUUGAUUUGUAUUUGAAAAAUAUUUUUGAGAAAUUUAUCAAGGAGACUAAUGACUUAUUUAGACAAGUAGAACUAAAUGCGGAUGACGCUACUGAGAUGUUAUUCGAAAAAUGUAUUGUUGAUUAUCAAAACAAUAUAUACACGAAUGUGGUGAACACUACAGCGACCACUAUUAACAAUUCAAUAUUGGGUGAGUUAAUUCUAUUCACUGCCUCAGCGAUGAGAAAAGAGCAACAGCAGCAAGAGCAACAGCAACAGCAGCACAUGCAUGGAGUCAGCAUCGAGUUCAGAGACGUCAUUUAUAUGGCCUUGAGGUUAGUCAUCCCACAGAUGGUGCAAUCUGCAUAUAACCAUAAAACAGUACAAGAUGUUGUUUUGUAUUGGAUAUGGUUUGUAUUGUCUCAAAAAGAGAUAUAUCCAAAAAAGAGCAGUAGUAUUCAGAUAGACAUAGCCUCAACACCAAAAGUGUUCUUGCUUGUUUUUUACCAACUGCUACUAUUUAUUCUAACAGAUAACGACACCCCCGUAGCAAGGUACAUGAUUCUCACUUUACUCACGAAAUUGCUAUAUUUAAGCCCCGAAUCAAUAGGUUAUGAAUUUAUUAAGGACACAUUAGAGAACUGCCCUUAUGAGUCGGUCCGCCCAGCUUUAAUUGGAACAUUUAAAGAAUUGUUGUUGAUUCUGCGAAACGAUGAUGAUGUGGUCGAAGAUUUGAAUUUGGAUAAAGCUUCUUUGGGGAGUACAAAUUCAGGUGGUGCUUCCUCUUCUUCACCACCAUCACCACCACCACCGCCAAAAUUACCACCAAGACAAUCCUCAAUUAGUUAUGGAAAACAUUACACUUUGAAUAAAGAAAAGCUCAGUGAUAUGUUAGAAUUGAUGCUCAUGGCACAUUCAAAUUGUAUUGUAGUUAAAGACAAAGAAGUUCUGAUAGACUCAAAGAAAUUGUCCACUUUAGCUGCAUACUUGAACUUUUUUGUAGGACUCAAGAGGCAUAAUGUGGUUGUUGAAAAUAAGAACAAAAUUGAGAAAGUAUUGAGUAUAAUAGAAAAGGAUCUAACGCAGGUAAAAGAGCAUAACGCUAAUCAAUUUGAGAAAAACGCAGCUGCUAUGCUUCAACUCACGAUUGAGAGAUUCAGAGAAUAA